AUGUUUGGAAGUAAUAAUUUCAGGNUAGUAAUAAAUGAACAAAAAACUGCUGAGUAAAUUUAUGCAAUUAGAAAUCAUUAAAAAUUUAAAUAAUUUAUUUAAUUUAACCCAGAAGAAUAAGAUAAAAUCCAAAAAAUCUAUGAUUAAAUAAGAGAACUUUCAUCUCAAUACCAAACUCUGCCAAUAUUUUCUAAGAUUCCAAAAAUUAAAAAAAUCAAGCUGCUUCUUUAGUAAUAGCUAGCUCACAAUUAUUUAAAUAUAUUUAAAGAAGCCUUAAAAGUAGCGAAUACCCCAAAAUAAUAUUUGAAAUCCAUAUGGGAUAGGAACAAUUAUUCUCCAUUUGAGCUUUUUAUUCCUUUCAAAAUUCAUUUUAACAAUUCAUCAUUAAAGCAAUAGGCAAAAUUUUAAAUAAAAUGGUGUAGAUAUAUUAAAAAUGAGAAAAAUUAAAUAACUUUGUUUCCUUCUCAUGAGCGAUUAAAACUAUCAUAGUAACUUAUAGCUUCCUCUUUAAAUUUGAAUACUUUGAUAAAUUUGAAGCUGGUUAACAAUUUAUUUUGUUUACAUGAUAAUUACGAAUUAUUCGGCCAUUGCAACAGUCUUUAAUAGGCUUUAAGCGAAGAUAAGGAUUGCUAUAAGAAAAAACCAUUUGAUCUUGCUGGAGAAUGGAUUUUCAAUUUUAAAAACCCUUGGAGUUUACCAAUUGAAUAAAUUUGUUCUUAUUUUGGAGAAAAAAUAGGUCUUUAUUUCGAGUUCUCAGCUUAUUAUAUUAAAUAUUAUGGAUUUUUAUCCCUUAUUGGGAUAAUCUAUACCAUAUUUACAUAUUUAUCAAAAUUUUAUGACUAAGAUAUAUUUAUAGGUAUUAUAUCUUCCUUUUCAGUUUUAUUAAUUCACUGGAGUUCAUUUGUAACUGAUUAUUGGAAUCAAAUGUAGUUAACAUUUAAUAUCAAAUAUGGAUAAAAUAAAAAUGCAAAAGAAAGUUUUAUCAGAACAGCUUUUAAAGGUAAGCACAUAAGAUCGAUUGGAAAUGAUCAAUUAAAUUCUUAGGAGGCUAUUCAUUCUGAGAUUAUUAAAAGAAUUAUUAUUUCGGUCUUAGUUUUGAUAUUUUUGAUUGGAUCAGACAUAGGAGUUAUUAUUGGGCUUACUUUUUUUUUAAUCUUUUUUUGAAAACUUUAUUAGAUCAAGCAGGCAAUGAAUUUUAAUGUUUGGAAGUAAUAAUUUCAGGAUCCUUGAAUUAUGGAAUUUAAUAUUUAGUAGAUUCAUAUUAGGAAUAAAUAGCUACAAUUCUGACAGAUUUUGAAAAUUAUUAAAUUUCUCUACAAUAUGAAACCAGCAAUAUGUUGAAAAAGUGCACUUUGUAUUGGUUUUUUUAACUUUUUUCUUUGAUGAUAGUGUGUUUUCUUCACAGUCCAUUUAGCUUAUAUUGUGAAGAGGAAAAUAAUAGGUUUAAUACUUGUUUGGAACGAAAAUUUGUUGCAUAUUGUUCUUAAGUGAUGAAGUUUGUUAACUUAUUCCUUUAAGAAAGAAAAAUUCGAAACUAACAAAUAAUAAUCUUAAAAUCUAAGUUUAAUCUAAUUCAAUGAAGAGCAAGAAUAAAAAUUCCUUUUUAAAAUAGUUAAGAAAAAUACAGUAUUAUAAAUUAAUAUAUGGAAUUCUUUUUGCUCUUAGCGCUUAUUAAUUUAAUCGGAUGUUUGUUUCCAUUUACCAUAAUACUGUUUUGGAUUUGGUAUUAUAUUAAAUUCAAAGACUGUGGCCUAAAGGAGAUGGGAAUUUGGCAGGAAUUUAAUUAAUUAUUAGAUUUUAUUACCCUUUUAUGCAAUUCAGGAUUAAAUUUUUGCGAAAUACAUGACCAUGUCGCUUUUUGUGGCACUCCUACAAUUUUAGAAUAAAUAAUGCGAAGAUGCCAUUAUUUGUUUAAAAAUAAUGUAUAAAUUACAAUUAGCUUAAGCAGGGCUAUAGAAGAAAAUAAUCAAAAUUAGUUACAACGCUGUCUAUUAUAUAAAAUUAUUGGAUCCUUUAGAAAAUAGAGUUCAGAUAAUUUUGAAACUAUAAGCUCAGAUAAUGAAAUUGGCGAAGCAAUUUCGAAAAAAAUUCAAAAAGAAGAGAACUUUAAUAACAAUUAAAUGA